AUGGAAACACUACUGGAAAGUCUCAUGAGCUCCGUCUCAGACGAGCCUCUUCUUGCACCGGACAUUUCCAUUCCUCCAGAAGAAGAUGGCGACAUGUCGGACUCGGACUUCUGGACCAAACUGCUGGAUAUAGUCUCUGUGAAGACCCACUCAUAUCCCGUGGUCGAGUCGGCACUGAAGGACUACCUCCUAUUUGCAACUAAACAUUUAUCUGAUUUUCUCGUCUCCGACAACGAUCUCUUUCGAGCAGGAUACAAGCUGACCACUUCUCCGAUUUUCACGCUCCACAAAGCCUUCACCCGUCGCAAAUUGAUCGCCAUGUUGACGUUGGCAGAGGAAUACACAGACCUGGCGGCGGUGGUGUCUUUGAUUCUGCUCAUAGACUCUGAUUCGCAUCCCGCCACUCUGGAAAUGAUGCAAGAGGAAAACGCAUGCCAUGCGCUGACUCGGCUCUUGCUGACGUUUCAGAAGACGUCGGCUUUACGGCUCAGAAGAGUGUUGCUCGAGCUCACGUUUGAAAUGUGCAAAAUCCAGCGAAUUUCCACGUCAGACUUGGAAAACAUUUCCGACAAGUUUAUCGACUCGCUCUUGAGGACCGUUGUCAACGCAGACAGAGACGAUACCUCGCUGUACGACGCUUCCGUCAUGAAAGUCUUGCUCUGUCUCAAUGAGCAGUAUAUGAUUGCAGCUUACGAUGAAGACGAAGAGUCGGGGAUUUAUUCGAGUAAAGUGCUGGAUCUGAUUUCCCUAGAUAUCGACGGAUACGUGGAGUUUGGCGCAAAGUUGGUGCUGUUACUGAAUCGAGCGAUAGAUACAUGUCUUCAGAUCAUGGGUCUGAAGCUGUUGUAUUUGUUGUUCACGAAUGAACCCACUUAUGAGUAUUUCUACACAAACGAUCUGUUGGUGCUCAUCGACGUGUUCAUUCGAGAGCUCCACGACUUGCCCAAUGACGAAGAGCAGCUCAUUAACACGUAUUUGCGAGUUCUCCACCCACUUAUGGUCAACUCCCAAAUCAGACACGAGCCGUACAAGAUUGAGGGUCUGACUGAUGUGUUGGAGAUGCUUUCAGGUCACAAGGGAAGUAGUACUUUCCUUCCAGUAUCAGAGACGACAUUACGACUGGCUGUGAGAUGUCUCGGAGUCCCGUGGCUGGAGUACACGUUCCCGUCUCCCAUGAGCACCGUUCCCCCCUCUCCCAGUUCUUCUAUCGGCUCGUUCAACGAGGAGGAGAGCCCCUCAAAGAUCCGAGUGCCCAGCAUUGGUAUGACCGAUUUCAGUGGUACUCGGCGACUUAGUCAGAGUUCUCUGGGCACCAAUUCGGCCAUGUCAUCCACCACAUCGCUCAUUUCCUCACUCAAGCUUGCGCCACCGCCUCCACCGUCACGUGCGUCGUCCAAGGGGCCUCCCGUUCCUCCUCCGUCUAGAGGCAAGUCUCCGAUGCCGCAAAUAUCACGGGUCAAGAGUCCAGCUCCUCCUCCGCCGCCGAGCAGGAAUUCUCCUGCGCCGAAGAAGGACGUGAAGGAGUCUCGUGACAAGAAGGACAAGAAGGAGAAGCCGCGGCUGCCUCCCAGCAGAAAGAAACUGCUCGACAUGAGUAUCAGAAAUACCAGCGUGGGAGAUUUAAGUGUUGCCGAGCGGGAGUAG